ACUUAAAACCCUUCGAAGUUUGUUUAUCACUGUUUCGGUUCACUAGUAUUCACCGACCACCACCACCACCGUAAAUCAGUCCGUACCCACCGCCACCGGAGUGAAUCAGCAGCAGAAAAGAUGAUGAGGGACGUGUCGAGCUGCAACACGUACGAUUACGGAGACGCCCAAUACUGGGACGCCCGCUACGUCCAGGAAGGUGACUCCUUAUUCGACUGGUACCAGCGCUACUCUGCUCUCCGCCCUUUCAUCCGCAACUUCAUUCCCCUCACCUCCUCUCCUGUUCUCGUCGUCGGCUCCGGCAAUGCCGUUAUGUCGGAGGACAUGGCGAAAGAUGGAUAUGAAGACAUAAUGAACAUUGACAUCUCAUCAGUGGCUAUCAACCUCAUGAAAACCAGAAACAGGCAGAUCCCUCAGUUGAAAUACAAGCAAAUGGAUGUGAGGGAUAUGAGCUUCUUCCCAGAUGAAUCCUUUGACGGUAUUAUUGAUAAAGGAACUCUUGAUUCAUUGAUGUGUGGCAGUGAUGCUCCGAUUAGUGCUGCCCGAAUGCUAGGGGAAGUGAGUAGGCUUCUUAAACCUGGAGGGGUCUAUAUUUUGAUAACUUAUGGUGAUCCUAAAGUUAGAAUGCCUCAUUUGAGCCGGCCAGUGUAUGACUGGAAUACUGUUCUGUAUAUCCAACCCAGACCAGGAUUCCAGAGGCCUGAAGGCUGCAGUUCCUCAAGGAAGUCAUAUUUGGAACCUGUUCCUAUCACCGAGAACGGUUCCCUUCCAGCUGAGUUUGUUAUGGAAGAUCCAGAUUCACACUUCAUUUAUGUGUGUAAAAAGAAGGAUGCCAAGGAAUUACUUUCACUAUAUAGAUUGAGAAUUGAUGAUUUGUAGUAAUCACUUCUAGUGAACUGAUGAUGAAGGUAGCUCGUGCUCGGGAUACUAGCUUCAACAGGCAUCAUUGCCAUUUAUGUGCUUACUUCCAGGGCUAAAUCAUUACCAUCCUUGCGUGUCUGUAACAUAUAAUUGAUUCUAAAUGAGUCUGCUAGGUUUUAAGCAUGAAAUUCUAAAACAAAUAAAAGGAAGAAAGUCUUUAGAGACCCUAUACGAACAUUAUCUUAUUGUAUCAAUUCAGGGUGCAUUGGCCCUCAACUAUGUGUACAAGUAGUUCGCUGAAUAAGCUCUUAUUGAGUACGUUACUUGAAUCA